GUAUAACAAAUGUUUCUCUAUCUUACACUGGUUUGAUGGGAGGGAGAUACAACAGCUGGGUAGGGAUGAUUGCUGGGGUGCUGAAAGCAUAAAAACGACGUCGCUCUGCUAAUUUACGAAAUUAGUGAGGAAUGGCUCACGUGAGGUGACAGCACAGAACGUAGAGAAGAGUGAACUGAAAAAUGCGAAGCGCUUUAUCUCAUUCUUCUCCAUGGCACUGAAGCUCCCGCACACUUACACGUUUCCCAUCUUCGACCCAAACCCAAACCCAAACCCGCGUCCAUCAUUGGAGCUCCGAUUCUCCCGCUCCAACAACGCCAAACCCCACCCGGAAACCCGCUUCCAGUCACCCAAUGUCAACCGGUCACCCCGUCCAUCACGACCCGGAAAAUACUCCAAGAACCCGCCAAAACCCGUUGUCGACCCGCAAUCGCACCCAGCGUUCCGGUUUUCGAACAUACCCAAAUCGAGACCGAGAUCGGUAACCGGAGCACCGGAAAAUGUGAAGAUUAGCGAAGACGGACUCUCCUACGUGAUUGAGGGUGCACCGUUCGAGUUCAAGUAUAGCUACACCGAAACCCCUAAGGUUAAGCCAAUUAAAAUGCGCGAAGCACCGUUCGUCCCUUUCGGACCCACCACAAUGCCCCGACCCUGGACCGGGCGGGCCCCAACCCCCCCGAGCAAGAAGAAGCUGAAGGAGUUCGAUUCCUUCGUGCUUCCGCCACCGCACAAGAAAGGGGUAAAACCGGUUCAGUCGCCCGGUCCGUUUUUGCCGGGGACUAGCCCUAGGUAUGUGAAGACGAGGGAGGAGAUUUUGGGGGAACCCUUGACGCCGGAGGAAAUCACUGACUUGGUUAAAUCCUGCAUCAAAACCCAACGCCAACUCCAUAUUGGUAGAGAUGGGUUGACGCAUAACAUGUUGGAUAAUAUACAUGCUCAUUGGAAGCGGCGGAGGGUCUGUAAGAUCAGGUGCUUAGGAGUGUGUACGGUUGAUAUGGAUAAUGUUUGCCAGCAAUUAGAGGAGAGGACAGGGGGAAAAAUCAUACACAGAAAGGGUGGUGUUUUGUACCUUUUCCGAGGCAGAAACUACAAUUAUAGAACUCGCCCACAUUUUCCUCUUAUGUUGUGGAAACCUGUGCCUCCAGUAUAUCCUAGGUUGAUUCAGCGAGUUCCUGAAGGUCUGACGCUAGAAGAAGCCACUGAAAUGCGUCAAAAAGGAAGCACAUUGAUUCCCAUAUGCAAGCUAGGAAAAAAUGGUGUUUAUUGUAACCUAGCAAACAAUGUCAGAGAGGCUUUUGAAGAGUGUGAACUAGUGCGAAUAAACUGUCAAGGACUAAAUAGAAGUGACUAUCGAAAGAUUGGAGCAAAACUAAGGGAUCUUGUUCCAUGCACAUUACUUUCAUUUGAACAUGAGCACAUACUUAUGUGGAGAGGACCAAAUUGGAAGUCUGCUUUACCAGAUCUCAGACAUGACUGCAAGGCCGAUAAAAUUCAAGUUGAAGAUAAAAAUUAUGAAACACAGCCAUCUGAAGCCCUAGAAUUCUCAGCACCGUUUUUCCAGAAGAAUUCAGUUGAGCUUGCUAGCACUUUAUCUCAGGAUUGCAUUUCCUCGAGUUCCAGUGACGUGACUUCGGAUGAGGUUGAGGUGCCAUAUCCCAAUGAAAAUGGCAAGCAAGCUAUGUCUGUAGUUACUGAAAUUGCUUCACCUGCAAAAUCCUAUGAAGUUGAACACACAAAUAAUGCCACAGGCUCCUAUGGUGAGCCAGAACCUUGCACAUGCACCAGUCCAAGAAUGACUAUGUUGAACCAUGCUGAAUGCUCCUCAAAUGCUAUGAAUGAUAGCCAUGGAGCUGAGGGUAUAGUGGAUAGCGAAAGCUGCAGUGAUGAUCUCUCUGCUUCAAUUUUAGGAUCCGGUUCAAUGCUAGGAAGUAGUGACAGUUAUAUUAAUGGCAUGGUUGAUACUUGUGCUGAUAAGUUGCUAGAUGGUUCGGGAGCAGCAGAUAUUAGUCAGUCAUCAAAGUCAGCUGCUCCUUGUAUGAAAGAAAUUUUGUUAUUGUUGGAACAAGCUGUUGAGAAAGGCAGCGCAGUUGUUUUAGAUGAAGAUUCUUUGGAUGCGGAUAGUAUUUUUCAAACCACAGUUGCGUUUGCGAAAUCAGCUCCACCUGGACCAGUUUUUAGGAAACACGGAAAGGUUGUGGCUAAAAAAAGCGGCAAGCAAGAAGGACCAACUUUGGAGACUAAAAAAACAACCCCUGUUUCCAUGAAACAGAAAAAAGAGAAGAGUACUAAAAUUCCAAGAGAGAAUUUUCAUGACCAAUUGCUGAAUGUUGUACCACAAGGAACAUUAGGAGUUGACGAACUUGCCAAACUUUUAACAUGAUACUGGCUGGCAUUACAUUACAUUUUUUUUAUCAGAAUCGUACCUAGUGCAUUUGUUAACAAUAGAAUGAUGAAUUUUGUUCCGCCCUCUGUCCUUUGCACUGCUGUUGUUACUUUGCAUGGUGUUAUUCUUGC